AUGCGCAUUAGAAAAGGGUGGUCUGGGUCGGGUGUAGCAUUGAGAAUGUCUCUUGCACGGCUCCGGCAGCUCUCAGAGGUGCAGCAGCGACGAGCAGCGUGUCUGCUGGGAGCCCUAGUCGCCGACACAGCCGUAACACCGCUGCACUGGAUAUACGACCAGGAGAAGGUGGCGGGUCUGGUGGCCGGAGGGACAGCAGAGUUCUCUCCCACCUCCCACUGCCCCUACUACACCGUCCCAGCAGGAGAGCCCAGUGCCUAUGGUAUUCAGCUACAAGUCACUACGGAGGGCCUUGUUCAGGACAAUGGAUUCGACAGAGCCAAGCAGGCUGACCGGAUCUAUCAGACCUUUGGUCCGGGGACCUCCUACGAAACCACCCGGCGCCAGACUGGCUCACCCAAACAGGGCUGCUGGACUAACCACAACAUCAAGAUGUUUGUGGCCAAGAGGGAGGAAGGGGAGACGGAUCAGGCUGACGCUGGCAGCAAGGACCCCGAUGGUCUGGUGAAGGUUAUAGCAGUGGUGGCCAUGUACCACGGGAGCAAGAGAUGGAAGGGCUGGUGGAGGAAUGUGUCAGGAUCACUC